AUGGCUAUGAAUGUCGAUAGUGCUAGUUUAACAUGGGUGUUAAUUUCAGCGGCACUCGUUUGGAUUAUGAUUCCUGGUAUUGGUUUAUUUUAUUCUGGCAUGACUAAACGUAAGAGUGCUCUGUCACUCUUAUGGUUAAGUUUAAUGACAACAGCUGUUAUCUCAUUUCAAUGGUUUUUAAUUGGUUAUUCACUGAGUUUCAGUCAAUCAGGAUCACGAUUUAUUGGCAAUUUUGCUCAUAUUGUAACAAUGAAUGUUCUCAAUGAACCGACGUUUGGUCCAGCCAAAAUACCUCAUAUUGCAUUUUAUAUUUUUCAACUUAUGUUUGCCAUAACAGCAACAACAAUUGUAAUAGGAGCAACCUCUGAACGUGGUCGUAUAUGGCCAACGAUUGUCUUUGUUUUUAUAUGGUCUACUUUCGUUUAUAAUUUUGUAACGUAUUGGACUUGGUCAGCAAAUGGUUGGGCUAAUGUGCUUGGUGCAUUAGAUUAUGCUGGUGGUGCUCCUGUUCAUAUAACUGCAGGUACAUCAGCUCUUGUUUAUAGUCUGGUACUUGGUAAACGUCAGCCAGCUACUCGUAUUGAACAAAAUCGACCACAUAAUAUAAAUAAUAUAUUUAUUGGCACUGUUUUAUCUUGGUUUGGUUGGUUUGGUUUUAAUAGUGGUAGUGGAUUAAUCAUAAGUAGUCGUGCUGUAUUAGUUUGUGUCGUUACAAAUUUAGCAGCUUGCACAGGUGGUUUUACAUGGUGUAUGCUCGAUUACUUUUUUUCAACAUCAAAAUAUAAAUUUACUUUAUUUGGUUUUUGUAUGGGUUCAAUUUCUGGUCUUGUUUGUAUAACACCCGGUUCUGGUUAUGUUAGCAUACCAGUUUCACUUAUAUUUGGUAUGAGUGGCAGUGCAAGUGUAUAUUUUGGUCGACAAAUAAAAACGCUUUUCAAAAUUGAUGAUGCAUUUGAUAUAUUUGCACAACAUGCAAUUGGAGGUUUUGUUGGAUGUUUCUUAACAGGUAUAUUUGCUCAAAAAUAUAUUCCAGCAAUUGAUGAAGUUAAUAUAGCUGGUGGAUGGUUAGAUGGUAAUUGGAUACAAAUAGUUUAUCAAUUAACACUUGCAUCUGCCGCUUUUGUUUGGAGUUUUGUAAUAACAUUAAUUAUUUUACUUAUUAUCAAUAAAAUUCCUGGUUUAACAUUACGUACAAGUACGAAUGGAGAAAUGCAAGGAAUUGAUUAUGAUCAAUUUAAUGAAUAUACGCAUGAUUAUAUUGAAUUUCAAAGAGAUUUUUAUACAACAGUACCAAAGCCCUUACUUAUGAAUAAUCUUAUAACUGUCGCAACAGUUGCUAGACCAAAUAAUACUGAAAAUGGCCGAAAUUAA